GCUGUACAUGUUUGUAUACGGAGAGUGAAGAUAGCAAAAACCUCCGAGAGCUAUAUAAACCAUGAGAUAAAUACCUGGAACUGAUUCAUAGCUUCAUAUAUAUAUUUAUAUCUAUAUGAUAAUUAUAUGCCGAGGCUUCCGUGAUGUAUUGCAGUCCCACGCCACAGGGUCAGAGGUUACGACGGGACACGAACGCCACCCUACAGUGCUAUGUAAUCAGAUUGUUGUGGACGCAUUACUUAUAUACAUCAAGGUACAUAAACAAUUCGGUAAUAAGCAAGGAUGUCGUACAAAAUGGACCUAAAUGGAAGGACGCAUGGCGGUGAAGAUUAUGUCCAAGCAGUGUCUUCAAUCGAUUGUGCCAUCGAUACUAUGUCUAUUUGUGAGAAUGAAGACGACAAUAAAGAUGAUACUGAACAUCAAUCCUUUCUGAGGAGGAAUGCUUUACUAGUGCUUGUAGCAAUAGGCGUUGCUGUAGGGUUCGGUCUAGGGUUCGGACUCAGGACUGUAGACAUAUCAGCUGAUGCUAUCAUGUGGCUAGGUUUACCGGGAGAAAUGUUCAUGAACAUGCUUAAGAUGACAAUAAUCCCUCUCAUUGCUGGCAGUAUCAUAUCAGGUACAGCAACAACAGAUCCUAAAUCCAAUGGAAGAAUUAGUAUGCUCUCGAUAGGUUUCAUCGUGACAGUAAACUUGUUUGGUGCUGUUAUGGGUAUAUUGGCCUAUUUCAUCCUAAGUUCGGGAAGUGACAUCACCAGUAAGCACGUCCACAGUAGCUCCAGUCCAGACUCUCAACAUCUACAAACACAGGACAUGUUCGCUGAUUUAUUACGAAAUAUACUACCGGACAAUCUCGUCACAACAACCUUUCAAAAAGCACAGACCCGGUACACUAGCACGCUUUCUGUCGUGGACAAUAACGGGACAAACGUCACGGUGCAAGUUUUCGUGCGUCAUGUGGGCGUGGCCAAUAGUACAAAUAUAUUAGGAGUGAUUCUGAUCUCGGCAGUAGUUGGGUUGGCUGCCAAUACCGUGAAGGAAUCUUCCACUAGCUUUGUGACCUUCUUCAGGGCUACGUCCAAUAUUUUCAUCAGGAUCAUGAGGUGGUUUGCAUGGUCGACACCUAUCGGUGUGGCGAGUAUGAUUAGCGUGUCUGUAUUACGGGUAGAAAACCUCGAGGAAACGUUCAAAAGUCUCGGAAUGUUCCUUCUCACCUUCACAAUAGGAAACCUUAUCCAACAACUUCUACUCGUGCCUGCCGUCUACUUUUUGGUUGUACGAAAGAAUCCUUUCUCAUUCCUCCUGAGUACAGCACGGCCCUGUAUGACAGUAUUUGGCCCUCCAAGUUCAGUUGUAGGUAUGCCGGACAUUAUCACGGUCUGUGAGGAAACUCAUCACGUUGACAAGCGAGUGUCCAGCUUUGCGAUUCCAUUUGGCGUGACCCUUUGUCGAGCCGGAAGUUGUUAUUUCAUCAGCCUCUCCGCCUUGUUUAUAAUAUCUAUGACUGGACGACAUCCUGACAUUUCGGAAGCUAUAUUGAUCGGGAUCCUUACAACACUAGGUUCCCUUGCCCUCCCGUCCGUCCCCAGCGGAUCUAUCGUCACGAUCAUUAUCAUCUUGUCCUCUCUCAACGUAGACACCACAUCUGUAGGAGUACUGAUGGCUCUGGAAUGGUACACAGAUCGGAUGCGAACGGCAAGUAAUACAUUACAUGUGAUAACGUGUACUGUCGUGGUGGACAAAUUAUGUGCUACACAGCUACGGAGACUCAACAAAAAUGGCUUUACCGACGACACAGCACGUGCAUAACAAUCAGUCUUUUGUUAGGAUACCACAUAAACAUAACGUUUGUUGAACGUGUAUAUACUGUAUUUAUGAAACAUCAAAUUUAUCAUCAAUACAUGUUCUUCUUAUUUCUAGCAUGUUAUAUCAAGUUCAUCACGUAGUUGCACCAUGGAAUACGUUAAGCAACGAGAUGGUUUAAAAUUAAUGAGUUGCUAAUCUUAAUGUUUGAUAAUAAAGUUAAUUAUCUGCGGCACUUUA